AUGGCUCCCAAAAAGAAAGCAAGCAAGGGCGGCAAGGACCUCGAUAUCAAGAAGAAAGGGGGAAAGAAGGACCCCAACACAGCCAAUAUGGAAACAGUUUUCGACAUGGAGACCCGGGAGUUCUACCAUAUCCAGAUCCAAGACCUGGAGGACAGGCUGGCCCGGUAUCAGAGGAAGUGGGAUGAGCUGGCUGUGCAGGAGAAGGUGUUCCGCCAGGAAUUUGAGCAGCUGGCCAACAACAAGAAGGAGAUCGUGACCUUCCUCAAGCGUACACUCAACCAGCGGGUGGAUGAGAUCACCGACCUCAAUGAGCAGCUCCAAAGCCUGCAGCUGGCCAAGGAGAUGGAAAAGGAUGCCUUUGAGGCACAGCUAGCCCAGGUGCGCCACGAGUUCCAGGAGACCAAGGAUCAGCUCACCACGGAAAACACCAUUCUCGGGGGAAAGCUGGCAGCCCUUGAGGAGUUCCGGCUGCAGAAAGAUGAGCUCAUGGACAAGUUCAUAACACUGGAGACCCAGCUGCAGAAACAGGAAACCAACUAUAAGGAAUACGUGUACAACCUGGAGAAGAAGUCAGUGCUGGACAAGGACAGACUGAAAAAGGAGAUCAUCCAACGCGUACACCUGGUGGCUAGUGAGUUCCACAAGGUGGCCAGUAACCAGAUGUGGGAGACCACGAAGCGGGCCAUCCAGGAGAACCACACCGUGACCCUGCAGCUGUCCAAGCUGUCCCAGCAAGGCGUGCAGCUGCUACAGGACAACGAGCAGCUUCAUGGCCACCAGGGCAAGCUGUGCAAACAGGUGGAGCUGCUGCAGAACUCCCAGCGGCUCAUGGCCAAGCACAUCAGCAGUCAUCAGAAGAUCAUUCUCAUGCUGACUGAGAAGUGCCGCCAGCAGCAGCAGGGCACAGCCGAGGUGGCACAGCUGCGCCAGCUGUUGGACCACCUGGAGCACAACUUCCAACAACUGCAGAAAGACCACCAGGCACUGAGGAGCCAAAAAGAGCAGCUGGACCUGCAGGUGGAGCAGCAGCAGGCCAAGAUACAGCAGCUACAGCAGAAGCUAACUAAAGAACAGAAGCUUCGGGCCAGCCUGGAAAUGACCCUGACCCAGGCCACCGCCUUCCUACAGAACAUUCAGCAGAUGCACUCAGAAAAGCAGAAUGAUGGGGAUUUUGAUGUGGUCUUCCACCUGCAGCGCAAAGAGAUGCUGCAGCACUUACUGGUCAUGCUCAGCUCAGCCAUAGCCCUGAGCCCCCAGUGGGAGGCCCAUCCCCAAGACUCACGUAAAAAGAGGUAAACCCCUUCCCACAGCCUACCCAGCAGCCAACUGCCUAAGAUGGGGCCUCUGCUGCAGCAGUUGUCUGGCAUCACACCCUACCAGCCAGGGGACCUGGGCCUGGUGCCGCGCCGGACCCACGUUGUACCCAACCCCCAGGACCUCAGGCUCCUCUCACACACCACCCGUGUGGGGACACUUCGCAUGUGCAGCAGAGCUGAGGUCCAUGGCUUUGGUUCGUCAAAAAGACUCAAAAAGUUCAGUCUUCCUGAAGUGUUCCUGCAUCCCAAGUAG